AUGAGCACCACUGUAACAAUAGCCUCCACAGACAUUGGUGUUCUGCUGGAAGAUGAUGUCUUCGUCGAUUUUUUCAACACCUUCCUGAAUCUUCCUGUCUUUGGUCAGACACCCAUUUACAUAACCAGUAUUCGCCAGUGGUACCUGUGGCCAGAGUUACCAUGCUCCCUGGUACCAAAGUACAAAGGCUUAUUGACAUGGAUGGAGAAAUACCGGCUGCCACAUUUCUGCAAAACCAACCUGUGCCUUCAUUACAUUCUCUGUCAGAAGCUUCUCAGUUUCAUUAGAUCCAAGGAGGCUGCAGAGAUGCUGAGAUGGAAAAGGGCAGACCAAUGGCUGCUGGAAAAGUGCAUUAGUGGUACACGAGGGAUGUGGCGCUUUCGUUCCUUCCUCCAAGAAAUGGCAGGGGAAGAACUGAUCAAGUUUUGGCUGGCUACAGAAAGGCUUCUGGAGAUUGAUGAGUCAGAUGCUGUGCAGCAAGAGCUCUACUUGUCUCUGCUCCAGGUGCUGAAGGCCACUUAUUUGCAGGAGGGUUCUACCGUUGUCACCCUCUGCAACAGGACUAUAGAGUCUCUGUUGAAGAUCUCCGACUGGCACCCUCAAUACACAAGUACCAGGAGAGAGAUCCUGAGUGAGAUGCAGAAAUUGGCCCUGUUUAAAGUUCAAAGUUACUGGCUUCCUAACUUUUUCAUUCAUUGCAAACUGUGCAUAGAGAAGGAGGAAGAAUGCCAGCCACUACUGCAAGAGUAUCAAGACCGUUUGUUAUGGGUGGGCUUGCGGGAGAAGCUAGUGUCUCCAGCUUCCACAAUGAGCAUACAGAAGAGCCAGGACACGUCGGAACUCUACUGCAGCAGAAAAGCCAAGGAGGAGACCUGGAAUCUCAUAAUUUCUGGGAAAAGAGCUGAAGAAACAGGGAAACCUACAAGUUGUGGGUUGCAGCCAGAGGGAACACCAAGGCCAGCUAAGAGUGCAAGUGGCUUAACAGACCCAGAGGCACUGCAGACUAAGGAUGAUGUCUCAAGAAAUGAGUCUCAGCAGUUACAGCCUCCUGAAAAGAGCAUUAGUGAGACAGGAGGAGAAGAUGCCACUGCCAAAAGUCCCAGCCCCAAAUCCCAGUCUCCUCUUCAAGUGGAAGAGCUCAGCAAAAAGAAACCCCUAUUUGAAAUACAUGCUUCCACACCUGUUGUCCAGCUGCCAUCACUGCUAGCCCUGAAAAAAAUACUCAAGUCCUCUCCCCCUUUAGAUCUCCUGCACUGGGUACUUAAUGCUGACAGCUGUGCAGGAUGCCCCUUCAGGGAGUUCUUGAAGCGCAGGAAUCAUACAGUGGAGACCCAUCUCUUGGAUCUGUGGCACGAUCUGGAGGACUUUCUGAAUGUAGUGCUGAGUUCCAGCAAAGGAGGAAGCUUUCUUCUGCGGCAGUUGUUGAGUGCAAGGAUAUCCGAGACCUACUUGACAGAAAACAGCCAGCAACUUCCCUUGGAGCUGAAAACUCUCAGAAAUUUGCGUGACCUUCUGCCUUCUGGAAAAGUCAUUCCCUGGAUAUUAAAAGCACAGGAAGAAAUUUGCAAGGUAGGAAAUGCUGACCGUGAUGCUGGUAUUGGGAAGAGUAACUGCUGCUUCUAUGAUGAGUUCCUAGAUGAUGAUGAUGAAAUAUUCCUUCGGUUUGUGUCUCAGAUAAGCAGCAUUCAGAAGCCUGCAAGACAAGAGAAAACUUCUGAAAAAAUUGAACGCUAUCUGCUGGCCAAGAGGACAAAUGAAUCUCUGACCCUGAGCCAGGUCUUAGGAGGAGCCAGGGACUUCGAGUCACUUUUAGAUGAACACUGGCGCCUAAUAGCUACUGAGGAUCUCACAAGAGGUGGAUCUAUCUGGAUGGAAUUGGAGCCUGUUGUGCACAAGAUAGACUAUAAGAAGAUGACAUUUGAUGAGUUGGCCCUGAAGGAUCCCUUGAUAGCUGUAAAAAUCUUAAGUGAAGACUAUGGGUUCUUCUGUGCCAAGUUUCCUUUCCUUGCAUUAGGGCCAGAACUUCCUAGAAGUAUUUCCUUGAGCAAGACGAGCAAAAGCAGCCUGCGCUCAGGGAAGAGGAGUAUCUUCUUGAUAAGGAAACCAUCCACCAGACCCAGGUGUUUCUUGGAAGUUCUGCACAAUGCUGUCCACUUGGAAUACUUCAAGCAAUUUCUCAUUCGACACAACUCUGAACAUCCGUUGCUGUUCUGGCUUGCGGUGGAGAAGAUGAGUGCUGAGACCAAUGCCAACGCUCUGCGAGAUGCAAUCACCCAUGUUGUCAAGAAUUUCUUCCACUCCAUAACCCCUCCUGAGGAACUGCUGCAGUGCAAUGCUCCCAUCAUCAAAGAAAUAGCCAAAGCCAGCAUGGUCACCAGCUCCAUGUUAAUAACAGCACAGCACUUAGUCAUGAAAGCAAUGGACGAGAAAUGGUUUCAUAUGUACCAAGACCUGUUCCCUGGGAGCAAUGUUUAUGAGACUCACGCUGUCAAAAAGCAGAGAAAGGGAACCUUCAUGAAGGACAACCUGAAAAGAGUCUGGUUUAUGCUACGUGCCUUUAUCAGGAGCAUCUGCAAGUUCCAGAGGGAGAUGGCCAGUCCAAAAUCUCGCAGAGCGUUUGAGACCUUUCUCCACAGGGAGCUAACAAACAAAAAGGAAAGUAUGUCUAGAUCCAUGCCUUGCUCCCUUCCUAUCCUCAGGACCUCUUGUGUGGAAGGGUGUUUUCUUACCAGGGAGUCCUCUGUUCAAAGCAGCCACUUGCUCCUGCUCUGCACAUGCCAAAUGGCAAAGAAUGCCAUGAGGCCUAUAGCAACUCCAGGACACCAACAGAGAAGAUUUCAUUGCAUCUUCCAUUUUGCUCUCUCAGAUCUGCCCUCCAGCUCCAUACGCACUAACUUUGUAGGGUCUAGCCCCCGCCAGAACAUGCCUACCACCAGCACAGGAGAGGAUGUUGAAGCAGCAGUCAUAAAGCGCCGCGUCUUAAACCGACUAAUUACUGUCAGCUUUCUAGUCAAUGACCUCUGGUUCUUCCUGGAGAUUGACAAGUUUUGUAAGCUGUCUGAUUCAGCUGCAGCACUAGCCACCUGCGGAAUGUACUCCGAGAAAGAAGCUGCCUUUUUAAAGAGCAAAGCAGUCAUGAUCGCUAAAGUCUUCCUGCACUCAGAGGUUCCCCCUAAGCUGCGGGUGAACAUAACGGAGGGACAGAGAGACUACAUCCGAAACUUAACUUCCAAGGCGACAGUGGAUCGCAGCCUCUAUCAUGGGGUCAUACUUACUGUGUUUCCAGUCCUGAUAUACUUCUGGAGAAGAUACUGCAACUGGAGGGUAAUGGAGUCCUUCUGCAAGUACCAGAAAGGGAAAAGAUUUGUCUCUACACCCACCAAAACUUCACCUGAAACAUCUGGCAUCUUCAGUGGGGAGGAUUUUCCAAUCAUUAGGUUUACACUGCUAAAAGGGCUCCAGCUGCUCCUGCCUCAACCUCUUGAAGAUGCAGAGUCUUCUAUAGACCAAAAGUCUUCAUCUGGAAGCCUCAGCCAGAAGAAGCCAGCAUCUAGCAUCUUCCUGACCCAACCAACUGGGCAGCAGCUUCCUGAUAUUUUAAAAAGUCACUCUAAUAACCCAUUCAGGCUUCCCCUAUUUGAGUGAGAUCAACAGCCUCUGUCCAUCUGAAACUUGCUCUGAAGGCACUUCAUCUUCUGUGCUUCAGGUCAGGACUAGAGCAUACUGACAGGACCAGAGGGAGGCCUUAUGCUCCAAUGUCACCUCCUUAGAGUAUUUCCUACUGAACUGUGCACAGCAGAAAGUCCUGAGUCUUCAAACAAGC